AUGUUGGUAAGGCUUCAUGUAGCUUUUGGAAUACUUCACAUAAAUUAUAGCACAUAUAGAUCUGAUGCUGCAUGUAGAUACAGUAUUCCAGCUUCGGGGAAACAGUUGAGGAAGGCCUUCCUGGAGAGUUUCCUUAAUAUGCAUGUGUAGCUUUGUGAACCACUUCAGGAAUUUCAAAGCCUUCCUGUAGAGUUCUACUUAAUGUUGUGUUAAUGUUGUGUUGAAGCACUUCAGGAAGGCCUUCCUGUAGAGUUUUACUUAAUGUUGUGUUGAAGCACACAUUGUAUAGACCUUUAAUUCCUGUACAGUUUACUUAUUGCAUGUGUAUAGCUUGGUGAAGCACUUUUAGUUUAGGUAGCCUUCCUAGUAGAGUUUACUUAACUUGGUGAAGCACUUUAGGUAUAGCCUUCCUAGUAGAGUUUACUUAAUGUGUAUAGCUUGGUGAAGCACUUCAGGUAGCCUUCCUAGUAGAUUUUACUUAAUGUGUAUAGCUUGGUGAAGCACUUCAGGUAACCUUCCUAAUAGAGUUUACUUAAUGUGUAGCUUGGUGAAGCACUUCAGGUAGCCUUCCUAACAGAGUUUACUUAAUGUGUAUAGCUUGGUGAAGCACUUCAGGUAGCCUUCCUAACAGAGUUUACUUAAUGUGUAUAGCUUUGUGAAGCACUUCAGGUAGCCUUCCUAUAGUAGAGUUUACUUAAUGUGUAGCUUGGUGAAGCACUUUAGGUAGCCUUCCUAAUAGAGUUUACUUAAUGUGUCUAGCUUGGUGAAGAACUUCAAGUAGCCUUCGCCCUAGUAGAGUUUACUUAAUGUGUAUAGCUUGUGAAGCACUUUAGGUAGCCUUCCUAUAGUAGAGUUUACUUAAUGUGUAGCUUGGUGAAGCACUUUAGGUAGCCUUCCUAAUAGAGUUUACUUAAUGUGUAUAGCUUGGUGAAGAACUUCAAGUAGCCUUCGCCCUAGUAGAGUUUACUUAAUGUGUAUAGCUUGGUGAAGAACUUCAGAUCCACCCACUGCCCUGGCAUUCAAUGAGACUGCCAUUGGUGCAGUGAGAGACAGACAAGUUGGAGCUCUUAUUGUGGAUGCUUUUGGGUCUAUGGUCACAGUACCUGUGUCUGUGGAGGCUCACCUCUGCCCGAGUGUACAGUGGUCCUUCAAGGGCCUGAACAUUGCUCACGGAGACGACUACACUAUCACCAACCCCUGCAGUGUUGCUGACGCCGAAUCACCCUUUACCUUUAUGCUGACCGUGAAUAAUCUGACCAAUGAGACAUCAGGAUCUUAUUCUGCCACCUUUAGCAAUCUCGCUGGAAGUGGGAUUCUUCCAGGCCUGUACAUUACUAUACCAGUUGCCACUAGCGACCCAGUUUCUUCGUUGAUCCUGUCAGUGGCAGAUAACUCUGAUGCAAUGUGUCUAGUCAACGCCAGUACUGUUACUAUCAGUUGCGAAACCAACGGCUUCCCACGGCCUUCGGUACAAUUCCUGAAGGGGCAAGAAGUCAUCACUCCAGGACAGGGGGCCUUCCAAAGAGUCUCCCAAACCUUUACCGACCAGAUACAACUGUCUGAUGUCAUCAUGGAUGAUGCUGGAAUGUACAGAUGUGAAACUACAAGUGAACCUAAUGACAUGGUUGAUAUGUCAUUUACAUUUUGCACUGAUCCGGUCAUCACAAACUUUCGUUUCACGCCAAACACAAUGGUCGGUGAUAGACUGAAUGUGGAGUGUGAGGUCAUGGGCAUCCCUACACCUGUCAUUACAUGGCUUAAAGAUAAUGUCAUGCUCUCUUCUGGCCCUGGUAUCGAUAUUUCCAGGCCUUUUGCGGGCAACAUGUUUCUGUCUCAACUGAUGAUCGAUAAUGCCGAUGCUGGUGUGUACACCUGUGUGGGGACUAAUCCAGCUGGAACAGUUUCCAGGGAGAUCAGCGUGGAGGUCAAUGGAAGCUCCGUUACUACCUGUUCCUGUCUACUGAGCGUAAUGAUCACUGUUUGUCUGGCACUGAUGCUCUGAGUCGGAAUACCUAUCUCUCAGUCUUUAUAUUAGAACUGGCGUAUCUCUCAUUACUUGUUUUUGUAUGGGAAUAAUUAUAUAGAACUGGCGUAUCUAGAUCAUCUCUGAUUGUAUAUUAAGAUUGUAUGGGGUAUCUAUAUGCAUGUGUAUAAUUAUUGUAUAUUCAUUCUGAGCAAA